GCACAGCCUGCGCAUGACAUUGAGAAUACCCCGCUCGGAUUCUCCUCCACCAGAUUCGCAUUGCUGGCCCUACUCGAGUCACUCAGGGAGCUGACCAAGGCCGUGUCCUCGCCGCCAUCCAGAGAACAUUGUCCGGCAUGGCAGAAGCGGUUGCUGGGCUGAGUCUUGCAGCCAACAUCCUGCAGAUGGUGGAGUAUGGCGUCGUGUUCGUCACAACUGCAUGGAAGAUACACUCGGAGCAGACAGAUUCCGACGUCGUCAAGGACUUUAACCACCUGCAGGGCCUGGCGAAGGACGUUGAUAAAGUACUUGAUUCCCUCCCUCAGGAUGCCUCUGCAGAAUCCUCAACGUCUACGUCCCCAGGGACUGGAGACCUUGAGCUAGCAAGGCUGGCGGAAGAGUGUCGUCAAGUCACGAAGGAGAUUAUGGAAUUCGUGAGCGAUACUGCUGACCGAACGUCUUGGAUGACUCGAACACAAAAGACGGUCAAAAAGGCUUUCCAGAUGACAUGGGGUCGAGGUAAACUCACGAAGCUACAAACAAGACUAGACAGUAUGAGGAGUCAGUUGAAUCUCCGCUUGGUCCAUUCUUUGAGGAACUUUGCAGAAGCAUCAAGCGAAAGGCAGGAACUUGUGCUUGGCAGGAUACUUGAAGAGAUGGGAGAGCACAAUCACAAGGUCGAUCAAGUCUUGGGGAUCGGGCUGGGCACUGCGUAUGUGGGCUUCAUAGCUCGGAAGCUUAAUGAGAGGCUAGGCGAACGUCUGAAUGUCGACAUCAUCGAAUCGCUGAAGCUCGAUAUCCUUGGAUUGAUCUCUGAACCCGGGCAAGCCUUCGAGGGCAAUGGUAGCCCGGAGCCCAGGACCGUCCAGGUCUCGCCUGGGAGGAGACAAACAAUGAAGCAGAGGCUGCUUGAAAACCUAUCCUACUCGGACAUGGCAUUUCGGGAAAAUUCUGUGGUCACGGCGUCUGAAACGACAUUUCAGUGGAUCUUUGAGCGAGAAAAGCAGGCAGACCGCCCAUGGGCGAGCUUUUGCGAAUGGCUCGAAGUCCCGGACAAGCAACUGUACUGGAUCACCGGCAAACCUGGAUCUGGGAAAUCAACUCUGAUGAAAUUCAUCUCACAGCCACCAGCCGACGUGGUCAACAUCUACCGGGAACACCCAGCCAAUAGCCCUCGAUGUCUAUCUUUUCUUAAAAGGUGGGCAGGAAGCCAGCCGCUCAUCAUUGCCUCGUACUAUUUCUGGGCUAUUGGUUCCCCAAUGCAAAGAUCAAAAGAGGGCAUGUUGCGCUCAUUACUCCAUUCCCUUCUCCAUCAAGUCGACCCAGAGGUCAUAGCUACAAUGAUGCCCCUGACCUGGGAAGCGCUUUACCUCUUUGACGAAGAUCUUCAACUCUACACCGAGGACUCGCUUAAGAAACUUCUGUCAAGUGCCUUUGGCUGCAUUUGCCCCUCGACGAAGAUCUGCUUAUUCAUCGAUGGACUGGAUGAGUUUGAGGGCCAGCACGAGAGCUUAGUCUUAUACCUUCGUGAUUCCCUCAAGGCCUAUCCAAUCAAACUGUGUGUUUCUAGUCGCCAGUGGCAGGUUUUUGAAGACGCAUUUCACGAUACUCCCAGCCUGCGGUUGCAAGAUCUCACUCUUCCCGACAUGAUGGAAUAUGUUCGAUCAGAGCUCUACGUUGGCCCAGCAUUCGCGCAGCUUCGGGAGCGGGACCCAGACUUUUGCGACAAAUUAAACGAGGACGUUGCUCUCAGAGCCAAUGGGGUGUUUCUAUGGCUCACUCUUGUUGUGAAAUCUUUGCGAAAGGGUAUUACUGCCGGGGACCGCAUAUCGGACUUGCAAGUACGGCUCGAUCAACUCCCACAGGACUUGGAAGCCUUAUUCGAACGAAUCCUCGAUGAGCUGGAUACGGAGUACCUCGAUCACGCCAUUCGAUAUUUCAGACUGAUGGAGGCUCGUCGAGAAAUUGGACUGCCAAAUAUAAUGGUAUUUUCCUACGCCGACGAAGAGGACGAAAUGUUCGGUAUCAACUGUCCUGUAUCACCAUUAGAAUGGAAAACAUUUGAGGGCAGGAGGGACUACCUGAAGAGACGACUCAAUAGUCACUGCAUGGGACUGUUGGAAAUUAGCACAGAGUCAGAGCAGGGCUCAAUACUCGGCAGGAACGCGUUUCUUCAUGCCUCGGCGUCUCGCGUGAAUUACCUUCACAGAACAUUUGGGGAGUAUAUUGCGCGAGACGAAGUCCGUGAAAGAUUGAAUCGCAGCGGAGGCCGAGGAUUUGACCUAUACGACGACCCGCACUUACGCCUCUGUUCAGCUGAACUAGCGUUUUACAAAUCGAGUCCUUCAGCAUAUCGGCAGGGGAGCUUAGAUCAUCAGCAUAGACCACCAUCCGAAAACUUGACGUCGCCCUCCAUCAACUGCCUUCGCCAUGCCGCCCAAGUCCAGGAACGCGGUUCCCAAUCGAUGCUCCGCUUGUUAGAAGCGCUGGAAAACUUCUUCCCGGUUGAUACCAAGUCUUAUAAUUUCGAGCCUGCCGGGAUCGCAUAUGAAGGUCGUGGUUGGGGCACUUUGGCGUUGAGAGGUAGCAUGGGGCCGCCUUUGAUACGACACGCCAUUGAGUGGGGGGUUGUGGAAUACAUGCGCGUCAAACUUGAAGCGCAUCGACAAUUUCCGGUGCGCAAACUUAAACUUUGGCGUAAGAUCCCCAGCACAAGGAAAACGCAUACGUGGCUUUCAAGGCGCGAUCUUGACCCAGACGGGUGGUCAGAGAUUGACUGGCAGCUGGCCGUCGCAGUACUCUCGGAACGGCCCAUCCCGGCCAUAGUUGAGAUACUACUCGGCAAGGGAGCAGACUUCCAAUACGUAGACAGCGGGGAGAAGCUAUCUGUCUGGAAGCUCGCCCUGGUGGUUUAUAUGUUUGAGUGGCGUGCGAAGUUGCCGGAGAGGGAAAAGCGGGAGCAAGUCGUAGCACUCAUGAUCAAAUACGGGGCUCCGAUAGAGACUCAUAUCAUAAGGAACGCCUAUGUCGAGCUGGUAGCUAGACUCCAGUCAAAUGUGGGCGUAGAAGAGGUAAUAACGGUAAAAAGGGAGGAUAUUGCCUUUUGUUCAACCAUAGAGAACAAAUUAAAGGCUAUAAAGCAAGGGGUUAGGUAGUCCGAAUAGAUAGUUUAGAAA